UCAAAGAGUCUUUUUAAUAGUAAGUAUAUAUGUACCUACACUUUAUCAAAUGUAUAGAAAGAUAUUAAUUUCUAUCCACACGUCGGUUUUUAAUCAUAUCACCCAAUACAUGAAGGCGCAGCCUGCUCAUCGGAAAAGUCGCUUUGAGCAAGCGCGCGACGAGAUUUCGUGGGUUAUCGAUAGAGGCUGAGCUAUAUGUAUAUAUUUGAUAUUGAUUUUAUUACCCGCGUUAGAUUCUCCGUUGGCCGCACACGCGUAUAGGGAUUUCGUCGAUUCGCUGCACCUGCCUAACUCUUUAUCUGAUAAAGAACUAUUUUGUUACAGGCCACAUCCAGCGGGUGUCCUAUAAAUACAGGCUUAUAUUAUAUGUUUCCAAAUUAAAUUUUUAACUACUCACCCUCAUAUUAUAACGUUGUAAUUUUGCCUUUCUAUAAUAUACAUGAGGAAUUCUAUGGGAAAUAUACACUUUCUUGACUUCAAAAACGGCGACAAAAAAUUGUUCGGGUCCUUCAAAUUCAUCGAAAACUAGCCAUUGUUCAACGACAUGUAUAUACUUCAUCUCUGAAGAUACAAUCAGAAAAUGUAAAAUUUAAAAAAAAGCCUUAAAAAGGUUUGAUUUGGUCAAAAAGUUACCUGCAAUUGAAAAUGCAGAAAAACCAUGGAAUAAGGUACGAAUACAUGCCGUUGAACAAUGGCUAUUUUACAACGAAUUUGAGGGGCCGAGAAAACAGUGUCACAAGGCACUUUUCAGUGUUGAAACGUGGUUUUUGCAUUGUUUUAAACAUGUACAAUUAGGAAAUAAGUGAUCCCAAUGUGUGCGAAAAAUGUUUUGCAACUAUUCGCAUUUAUUUGAAAUAUUUUGCCAAAUCGUGGUGAGCUAUAUAAGUUCUCAUAAUUCUAUUAAAUUUUAGGAAGAUUCUAGUCCGAAAAUGCUUGCUCAUGGAAACGAUGCGAAUUUAUUUGAUCACUUAUAUGUGAUGUUGGGGAUCGGGGAAGCAGAUCUUGCGAAUAAAAUAGAAGAUUAACUUGAACUCUAUAUUAUUUAUUUACGUAGAGCGAUUACUGCGGCGAGUAUAAACUAGACUUGUUGACUGGUCGGUGGUCGGAACAAGAAGAAGGAAUUAUAAACGUUUCAGAGCUUAUAUACACAACUAUAACCGUUAACGAUCCGUUAGAUAUUACUCGCUUCAACUCUAUAAACAUAUGAGUAUCAAAGAGCGCGAAAUAUUCAAACAUUUAAUUGUAUGAAUUGACGAAAAAUUAUAUCAAUAUGUAUUAAUGUAAAACUCUCAAUAUUUGUAAAAUGAAUUAUGUUUCUUUUUUAUUUUAUAAGUAAAACUUGGAUUGGUUUGCGUUAAUGCAAGAUAAAAAUUAUCGCGUUAUAAGGUCUAUUCGCUAAUUAUGUCAUAUAUAUAUACAUACAUAUAUAUAUAUAUAUACACACACACACACACACACACACACACACACACAUUUAUACAUAUUAUUGCUUUGCUAUAAGUUAAUUAAAGUAUAGCGCACGCGUUUACAAUCCCUUACAGAAAAUCCUGCAGGAUUUCCUGUAGGAUAUCUUACAUGAUUUUCGCGAUUUGUAAAGACUUUCCUAUGAGAAUUCUUACAGGAGGAUUUUACAUACAAAAUUUUUACAGAUUCCUUUCGCAGGAUUUCCUAAUAUAUCGCUGGAGGACGGGAUAUUUUCUCGUUAACCGCACUAUAACGGCGGUAUGCUUGGGGGCUCUUCGCGGAAGUCUUCUCCGUUCAGGUUCGCCCAUUUUGCCGCUACUCUAUAAAAUCUGCCACAUCGCGCACAGUGUCCGUCAAAAACUGAAGGGCUAACUUGGGGACGGUAUCCGUCCGGACUUCCCCUGACUUUUACGCUUGCUCCGGAUAAUCCUCCACAUACUUCACCCAUCCACGGAGCGUCGUUACCUCAUUCACUUCUCUCUUUUCCUCCCCUUUCCAACUAGUCCAGGACUAUACUAAUGCCACGGAUAGGCGUGACGGCGGAUUGAUGCUAGUCAGCGCUAUGAAAUAAUGUAUACGAUACACGUGUCAUAAGUUGUUCUUCAUGGCAAUUCUUAUACACGCCGCGUCGUAAAGUAAGACUUUAGACGUCGCAAAAUAGCUUUGUAGAUCUUUCCACGGUCUAUGAUUAGUCAUUUUCAAAGAGGUAGCUCACGAGUGUCUCUCCAAGAGAGAGAGAGAGAGAGAGAGAGAGAGAGAGAGAGAGAGAGAGAGAGAGAGGGAGCGUGAAUCAUACCGGACUUCCGAAAGUGAAUUUUUGUGGUUCAUCAAAGACUUCUCGUCAUUCCAUACGAAAUUCGCUAUGACUCCAGUGAUGGAGUAUUACUAAUCGCGUCAAAACUUGAUCAUUUUGCAGCUCUCAUGAGGACUCAUCACAGAACAAACAACUGCGAUGCUAUGAACGCAUAAUGUAACUACAACCUCAACGUUAACUGUACACAAUUAUAUUCAUUGCUCUCCUUUUAUUGCACGUUUAUGCACAACGGCAUUAUACUGUAGCGUAAAUAAAUAAAACAUCCUCUCAUAGCCAUGCCCGGCAAUAAUCGCUAAAUACAAAGCAAACUCGUUUAUAUCGCGCGGCACCUCCGAUCAAAUCGACUUUCAUGCAAUUAUGCACCUGCAUCAAACGACGUGCAUUCGUACACGCGUUCAUUCAUCAAUUUUUCCCAAACGUUUGCCCACCUCGUAUACGCACGCCACUGCGUACGAAGCGGAAAAAAAAGAACGAAACACUCCUCGCCAAUAAUUGGGCCACGCGUUUGGCGCUUUCACAAUAUACGCCUUUACACACCUCUUAUCUUAUCAGAUAGCGACGAGCGGAGAGAGAGAGAGAGAGAGAGAGAGAGAAAAGGUAUAGCCUAUCGGACGAGCCAUCUCAGCAGCGGCCCUGAGUCACGCGUAAAGCAGGCGCCUGUACGGAGUAGCUGGUUCACGUAUAUCCUCUGUCUUUUUUACCCGAUCGGCAGAGCGGCCAGUUUCUGCACGGACUGCUGGCCGAGCGGAGCAGUCGUGGUGAAAUGACAUGACGAGACCGCACGAGUGGCUGCAUCAUGAGGGAGUCGAGAGCUGUCCUCCUCGUCGCCGGAGUUGCCCUCGUGCUGCUGACGGCGAUUUGCGAAAACUCCUUGGUAGAAGGAUACAGAAGCCUUCCAGUAAAUCUUCGAGAAUGUUACACCAACAAUGGCGUUUUCGUGCCGGAUCUACCCCUGAAUUUGCAGGUGGUUCUGGAUAUAAUACGAAAAAUCGAAAGGCGGACGUCUACGUCGAUGUCCAUGCGGACUUUAUCUGCAGCUUUGAUCAAAAGGUUCAAGCUCGACGGCAUAGUCUACUCGGACGACCUGCCGGUGAGCGAGGGCGUUUUGCGUUUCGCGGCUCGGGGUUCUCAACGCGCGCGAAACCGCAUCGUCGAUGAACUGGUCCCAGGCGACUCGAGCAUUUUUCCCGACAAGCUGUUCACGAAGGACGAGCGAUGCGUUCUCCACUUUGCUCUUUCCAACACCAUUUGGGAUCACUAUGACCAGCUGGAGGAGCAGUUCUGCAAACCUGCCCCCACUGAGCGGUUCUCUGGUAAUGUUCAAUAUAGGUAGAUCCAUAUCGACAGGCAGCGACAGAUGCCCGAAGGAAGGCGGUGUUGUGCUGACGCCUUUUGGGACCGUCGCACUGGGCUCCGUCAUCGCAGCGAUCGCAGCCGCUCUGGAACCUCAGGUCGUCAAGACGAGGCUGCUUUUGAAGAUGCCCGUCGAGGACGACUAUGGCAGUUUGAGGCCCAGAGCCAGGGCCAGCACGCUGUACUCCAAAGGGGACGUAGAUUUCGUCGCUACUUCCGGACAGAUGAAUGAAAACAGGUCCAUGUGGUUGGAAUCCGUCACGAUUUCCGAAACGCAGAUCGAUAAUGUGUGGGCCGCUACGGUUUCUGGUGAAUUGGCCGAGAUGGUCAUAUACCAAGGUCCCAUCUACGAAGAGCGAAUGUACCUCGGAGCGACAGGCUUCUGGAACAACACGAUGCGCCCGCAGGUUUUCUACGUCACUCACAGACACGACAGUUUCGACCUCACUCGAGCCGAGAUAAUCGGCGGAAUCGACGGUCUGAUAAUUGCCAAAAACUUGGACAAAUGGAUCAAUAAAUUCGAGAACCUCAAACUCAGUCAAGUGCUGGACAUGUACUAUUCGGAGAGAGGCGUGGUUUUCGACAAGUCAGUCAAAGCAUGUCUGAGAGGUGAUCAAUUUCCGAGAAUCGGACCUAAAAGUAUUCUGGAGGAGCAGACAUACGCAGUAGCUCAGGUGCUGGCCUACCUGAACAGCAUAGCGGCGAUGAGCGACGCGGCCUUGCAGCGACUGGUCGUACGCUCGGUCGAAAACUUUGCUCACUAUACCGAAGACUACCUCUUUACCGCGGUUCAGUGCCGAAAUCGACGAAGACGUCAGUCGCGCGUCGAAGUCAUGGUUGCCUUCGACGGAUCCUGGACCACGGAGUACACCAGAGAUUUUUUGGCGGCUCUCGUGGGCGACUUUGAGGUGUCGGUAUACGGAUCGAAAAUGGGCAUAGUUCACGGCGAAAGUGGCCAGUGGCUGCUCAAUGUCACUGGCAGCCCAUCCGAAGCUCACCGAGCUAUCAAAAAUUUGACCGAUAUUACGUGGCCGAAAACGAUGAAACUGCCCGCAGUAUUCGGAAGCAUACUUACGUACCUGGACAAAACUUGGGAGGAUAUACGCAACAACAAUACCAUAGGUAACGCCGGCCAAGCAGUCGUUAUUUUAGCACCUACCUUGACGCUCACCGACGAAGAAACGAAGCAAGCGUUGGCGGUGCUAAAUACUAUCAAAGAAAAACACCCAGAGAUAAACUUUCUGUACUACACGGUAGAAUCGAAGGCUGAUGUAUUUAAACCUUUCAUACUGUCCGACGAAGAUCGAAUAGUGCGAUCGAUGAACGUCGAUGAUAUUUCUAGACUCCUCUCAACAGUGCCUAUCACUCUGCGACCGACUGGAUGCAAUAAAAACAUUCCUGGAACGAGGUUGCAACUUGAGGAUUACAUUAACCCUUCCGAAUCCAACAUAUACAGGCUACAUCCGCAGUGGCGAGUCAAGGCUAAAAGAAUUACUUUGACGAUACACGGCGUUGGUUAUGGGACACUGAAAGUUUGUCAUUGGAAUCAAUGGCAAACCAACGGUCAGCGCCUUGAAACUCAGUGCAAGGAUCUGACUCAGUACGGUGAUGUUUCUCUGGCAGACACUAAUGUCUGCAAUGAGAACAACCAGUGUCCGAAUACGUACAUCCAGAUCCUCAAUGUUACGACUACCACAAGAUGUACAGAAAUAGAUUGCAGAACGCCAGACCAAGUACGAUACAUAAUGCGCAUGGAAAAUAUGCAGUGUGCAUCUUCCGGAAAAGCCAUCCUCGCAAACUUAUUCUUAGUUACCACGCUCAUUAUUUUUGCUAUCGUAUCGUGACCCGAAAAACAGUACGAGAAACUUCGAAAAAUGUAUAAUUUAUUAUUACUUAAAAGUACAUAUAUAUAUAAAAUUAAAUUUGUAUAACAAAAUCACUCACAUACUCGCCAGGUAACAUUAUUUCUUAUUAGUAAUUGUUAAACGCGUACUCGUACACCAACUUUAAAAGAUACUGGAAAUUGCUGGAGGCUGCCAAGUUGCCCAGUUCCUGCUC